UCAUUUUUCACGUUCGGGAUAUAACGACGCGUUUUAGAUCAAUUGUUUUCCUGUAUUGAAAUAGUCUUUGUAAAGAAAGUGUUGAAUUGAUCACAUCACGUUUAAAUAAAAAUAUUAAACGCCUCAACAGCGUAAAAUAUUUGUGUAAUGGCUGAAGGAAAUAAUGAUAUGCCUCGAGAACCGGCUUCACCUUCAAGACUACAUAGGCUUCAAACGAAUGCUUCUCGCGGUGAAAACUCAGUUGACUUAGUUCGACUUUUUAAAGUAUUUAAAGCUCUCUUUGAGAUCAUCAAACCACCAAGCUCAAAAGCAGAUAUAAUGAAAAAUAGGGCGUAUUACUUGGCUACUCACUCUCAACGCUAUAAACUGGAAGAAGAAAAUCAAGCUGUACAAAAGUGGACAAAGGAUUCUAAUGAAUACGCUAUUGGACAUCCUUGCAGCCUCUUUGUUCCGGACACAGACAGCCCACCAAGGUUCUCCGAUCCCGAUACUCCAAUACCAUUUGAGAUUAAAGAUAACUGGGACCGUGAUGAGGCCACCAAGAGGAUCAAAGAGCUGUACAAGGAGUUGGAUGAAAUAUUGGAAAAUAAAAGCCCACCUAAUCACGCCAAUAAAGCUAAUGUGACAGCGAGAUUGAACUUGGCAAGGCAGCAAGAACUUCGUCAGCAAAUGCCCCCUCCACCGGCAAACGAUGAUCGCUACAAAAGCGAGGAAGAUUUGUCAGAGAUACUAGAAACUACGAGGAUACUUUAAACGUCUUCGUGCAAGCGACAA